AUGAUGGAUGAGUGCAUUGAUAAUGCCAAGCACAUUCACGUGAAAGGCAGAAAUGCUUUUGAUGCAAUGCUUAAGUGUAAACAACCUCCACCGCCAUGCCAGCUGCAGUGGCCACAUCCAGAGGACGGUUGCAAGGGUGGUAGUGGCUCUGAGGGCGGCUGGGCGUUGGUUGCGACGCGUUUUAUGACUCGGGUCGUCUCUGACCGCUAG